AUGGAUCCAUGUGAGGUAAAAAAGAGUAUUUCCUAUAUUGACGGUGGUGAAGUAAAAAUAGCACUUGAUGCAGCAAAAAGUAAUGCCCCACCAAGCGUGAUUGGGCGGCUGCUGAACAUACGAACUGGAGAUAUCUUGUCAGGUUCAUCUCUAAAAAAUAUACGGAUGCAAGCUGAAAAAGGUGAACGGAACAAAUUUGGUGCAAACGAUAAUUUCACGACGCAAGCGGAUCAACUUCUAGCUUAUCUUGAGAGCACCCCGGAUGUCAGCUUCUGUGCCAUAUAUGAUGAACCAGAUUCCCCUUUAUUCACUGUUUACAAGCAGAGGGCAAAAACUGGACGUCGGCACCUACACACCAGUACACGGAGUAUCUCUGGAGGAAUUGCCCAACAAGAAGUGCUCAAUGAAAAGGUGCUAGAUGCUAUUGAUCCAAGGGGAGAGCUUGAUGACUAUAUAGAUAGGACGCGGAGGGCGUUCAAGUUGAAGGGCAACGAAAAAAUGCUUUUAGGAGUGGCCUGGACCAACAACGAGAGUAGAAGAAUCUUUGCUCGCUAUUCCGAGAUCAUGGUAGCAGAUGUGACAGAAGGUACCAACAAUGCAAAACGGCCGCUGUUUUUGUUUUCGGGAAAGACAUCAAAUCAAAACACGUUUACAGCACUUUGGGCCUUUCUACCGCAACAAUCUCGUUGGGCCUUCCGAUGGGUGUGGACAAGAUGCAUUCCACAGCUCUUACCUGAACAGGGGCUGAACAGAAUGCGUCUAUUGAUUACUGAUGGAGACCCGCGAGAGUAUGGUACUUUUUUAGAUGCAAUACCUACUUGGUAUAGCUUGUGUCGGCACAAACUAUGCCAUUGGCAUCUACUCUAUCGCGGCAGUCUUAUGAAAGCACAGACUGGAAACUGUGGAACAAAAGCAAAAAUUCUAUUCCAUGUGGUCCUGAAGUGGAUAGAAAGCUGGAUGACAAAAAUUGAGACGCAAGAGGAGUACAAUUUGUCAACUGGGCUUUUGAUUGACUGGCUGAAAUCUCCGGAGGCACUUGAUACAAAUUUGGGCGGAAUGGGUUGUGCCCUUGUUUCGCAGAUAAAUGCAUUUUUGACGUCCUCUCUGUUUCCGCACGAGCAACGCUGGGCUCGAUACCAUUUUCUGAACGUGAGAGCAUUCAACACGUCCGCAAGUUCCUACGGAGAAGCAGAGAACAGUGCUCUAAAACGACGGGGUGAUGGGGUCAAGCCAAACUUUUCGGUGCCAAAAGCAACACGGGCAAUAAACGAAGGGACUCAAUUGCGAACAGUGAAGAGGCAACAAAAAGCAGUUCAUAACCUCAAUGCUACAAAGAAGACAAAGGCAGCAAACUACACCAAUAUAUCCGACCUAGUAGAUUGCAUACAGGAAACCAUAUCCCAUGAAUUCAAUGCAGCCAAAAAAUAUGACCUCUUUUGCCCGGGUCCAAAAGAAUUUUGGGUAAAGCGAGCAUGGUACCAAAUUCCAAGCGAGACCUACCAGGAUUUCAACGACAGCAACUUUUGCCAAUUUAUGAUUCCACAGUUUGAGCGCACCCGCAUCGUAAAAAUUACGGAAAUUGAAGGUGAACUCUAUCUGGAAUGUAGUUGCGGCAAGUUCCAACGACAAGCUUCUCCAUGUGCUCACAUCUACAAAGUACUUAACCGACCACCACAAUCAACAGACGUUUCUGUGAGAUGGACAAAAAUUUGGGAUGUUUACCUGCAUCGACCUGGAUAUCAUGAUCUGUCGGACCAGUUAGAGGAAUUGUAUAAGAAGGAGCGGCCAGGGCCACAUUUCGAAAACACAAAUCAGUGGGAAGUUGGAAAGGGUGAGAGAGAGUACAACUAUUUUAAGAGAUCACUUCCAAGCGAGCCCACCAUUAUCCAGAAGUACAGCAGAUGGGCUGAUUCUUUUUCACGACAACCUGGAUGUUAUGUGCAUAAAAGCACUGAACAGGAAACAGUUCCUGCAGCAAGCGGUAUGGUGCAAGAGUUGACCAGCCUUUCCCAGGGGUAUGCUAUUGAAACUCAAUUGGAUAGUGAAAUGGAUGUUGGAGAUGUAACUGUCAUGCAGGUUGAAGAAAUUGAUUCAAAUCUCUCAAAAUCGGGUAAAAGUCCAUACACAAACAAUCUUCAUUUUUACGAGGAAAUCUCAAAACUUGCCAAAUUCAAUUCAAAAGCUGCUGACAUAAUGACAAAAGGAAUGCAGGAAACUUUGGAAUUGCUACAGAAACAUGUUGCAGAAGGGUCAGGUAUGGUAGAUUACAGUAUUGGCCCAGCUAUUGGAAAAGAACCAGUAGGCCAAAGGCUCAGGCCAAGCUACAGUCCUUCAAAGAGCAAGAAUCUAAGAGACAGACAAAAAGAAACAAAGGCAAAAUUUUGGUGGCUGAACAAGUAA